CUCGCAUUGAAACUCCUGUCCGCAAAUCAGUUGCUUAAAGGCUUAAGAUAGGUUUGUGUGGAGUUUUCAAUGCCUGCCCGCUGUUAUCGGGAGGACAGCGUAGAAAGUUUCCUGUGGGCACGAAGGGGGUCUCUAGUGAUGAAAACUGAUCGUGUCCGGAAUAUCUGUUUUCGUUUGGAAUUAAUUCUAUUGGAUCGUGUGACCAAGAAACGUACAUCGGAUAUUGAUCAAUGCUGAUAGUGUAGAUAGUGACCUGCACUGUUUCGGAUAUACGCCACACUUAGAAGACAAACGCGUCGCUGUGUGAUCUCGCGUCCACGGAAUACUGGGCCGGAGUUCUAGCACCAUGUUUUGUAGAGAAAGUAGCGGAAACCUGACCCUGGGUGUAUUUAAACUGUUAUCGUGUUCACUAUGUUAUAACUACAUCAUGAAAAUGGACGCCAAGUUCUUUAAAGUGCCAAUCUCGGAACCGGAAGGAUUUGCGUUUGUAGCUGGUCCAGAUUCUGGACUCGAACCCGGAACUCUUGUGAUUCCUGAUAUGAGAAAUGCAUCUUCGGUGAAUACCAUUUGUAACACAAUGGACGAAGAGAAAUGUGAAUGGUGGAAAAAAUGUUGUGACGCAGCGGAAAAUUGUUGCGAAAGACAAUUAAAUAUGGGCUCUUCAUCACCCAAACCGGGAUAUUGUCCCAGAACGUGGGACGGCUUUGGAUGUUUUGACGACACUAAAGCUGGGAGUAGGGCCUAUCUGGAUUGUCCGGAGUACGUGGAACAUUCACUUCCGUAUGCCCAGGCAUACAAAGACUGCACGGAAAAUGGCACGUGGUUUUCUCUCACCAAUCCUAGGACAGGGCUAACAUUCGAGUGGACAAAUUAUUCCACCUGUCUUGACAUGGAGAAUCAACAACAAUUGGUGUAUGUUGGAUUAAUAUGUAGUCUUAUCAGUAUUAUUUUACUGGUACCGUCAUGCGUCGUAUUUCUGGCAUUUAGACAGCUGCGGGUACAACAGAGGAUUCGUCUUCAUGUCUGUCUGUUCGUCUCGUUCACCGUGUCCGCUAUCCUGACUAUCCUCUGGGACUUUCUCGUCGUAUAUGAUAGAGUUCAAAAAGCGCACAAUCGGGAAGAGAGUCUGAUGGUUCAGAACACGGCUGGAUGUAAGCUGAUGUACGUCCUCCAUCGAUAUAUUCAGAUGUGUAACUAUUUUUGGAUGUUCUGUGAAGGCUUCUAUCUCCAUCGACUCAUUGUUCAUGCCUUUGAAGUACCGAAGACUCUCAUUGGCUAUUACAUAUUUGGCUGGGGAGGGUCCUGGAUACCUAUAAUUAUAUACUCAAUAAUCAGGGCAGUGGACAAGGACUUAGAUCAGAGUAACUGCUGGGUAAAGCAUGCUGGUGGAUUUGAAUACGUAAUUUACGUUCCUAUACUGGUGACUUUAGCGAUCAACAUAUUUUUUUUCAUCAAUAUUUUACGGAUUCUGCUGACACAGUUACAGUCUCAUCCUAACGAGCCCAGUAAUUACAGACGUGCGUUCCGGGCCACAUUUGUACUUGUUCCUCUUUUUGGUAUCCAGUCCAUCCUUGUAAUCUACAGACCGAACACUUCCGGAUCAGCCAUGUUUGUGUACGAGGUUGCAAAGACGAUUGUCAUCAAUACUCAGGGCGGGAUAAUUUCUCUCAUUUUCUGCGUUUUCAAUGGGGAGGUCCACACUCACAUAAAGAACCUGAUCCGGAAGAGCUGGCCAGGCUUUAUGAAUAGCGAACCAAGAUUCACGAGUGUCACUUCAACAACACAGUACACAAACGUGCAGACCUCGGUGCGCAGAAGCCCGCGUCUCCAGGACUCCCAACAACAUCAGAGCUACAUCCCAUUGGACACUGUCGAUGACACAAGUCGUGACGUCACCAAAACAAAUGGGCACGUGACUUUCAAAGAACCUAAUAAUACUGUGAAUUGAUUUUUUACAGCUUGGUUUCCUUGUAAGCCUCAUUUGGAAAGAGGGAGGUUGGAUCAUUCAGUAUCAUGGCGAUUACACUUAGUUGUGGACUUGAAAAAGAUACGUGACAGGUCUUAAUUGUAAAUGUCUAACAUUACCGUUAAGUGUAUGUGUAAAAUGUACAUAUAAAUAUCUUCCACUGAGAAACAUCAUAUCCGACUCGUUAUGGUCGAUCUGUGGUUUUUCCCUACCAGUAUGUAUUUCCCCUGAGAAACUGAAUAUUCGACUUGAUAAGAUUGGGUAUACAUUUACAUGUACGUUUCAUGGGUAUAUUGAUCAAUCAACUACUGAAAGCGGAUAUGAGUAGAACACAAGUCGUUUUCCUUGAAGUAGUCUCCCAAGAUAUAUAUCAAGGUUAGUUCGGGCCUCUUGUUUCAUAUGUAUCGUGUUGUUUUGGCGAGAAUAUUAUUUUUAUAUUCUUUUAUAUAUGUGAAGGAUAACUGCGAAUAUGUGCCUAGAAUCAACUUAUCGAUUUCAUUUUCUGACCUUUUUAAAACUCCGUGCUAUCCUUCCCUAUCGCUUCACUAAUUAACAUGUACAUUUGAUUUGCAUGUAAUUAAAGCUGUCAGGAGAUACCGUUUUUUGUUGAUGAAAUGACAUCGGACCUAGUGCUCCUGUGAUCUAAUGAGCCAUCACAGAAACUAUCUUACCAAUAUAGAUAGACUCGCCAUGAUGUUUGAAGUGUGAUAUUGAAAGAAUAACACAGGAUACCUCCAACCUAAAGCGAUAGUUGGUAUCCAAGCGAUCAGUCACACGACCAGAACCAGAUGUGUUUCCGAUUGAUAUAAAGACGGACUAAGUUAUUAAACAUUGUUUUCAAGUGAGUUUAACAUCGGAGUGCUCCUCCAGAUUGCCAUUCGAAAUGUUUGUCCGCAUAAACCAACAGGUUCCAUGUAAGUAAGUGUAAAAACGACAACUAUGUGUAGAAACUUACUUAGCUUGCCCAGUCGUACAUGUUUUUCUUCAAAAUUAGUAUCGUGUACAAAGGUAGCUUAGAUGUGUUACAAGGGAGACAACCACUACAUGUACACGUGUUGUGCGAUUCUAUGUUUCUUCUUUAUUUUUUAGUCAAUUCACUUCUAUAUAUAUAUAUCAUGCUAUUUAAAAGAAACAAAAACAAACAAAAACGGAGUACCUUACAUCAUUAAAAUUUUGCAGUCUGCACGAAGUGUUUUUGAUACCUCCUCGGCUUGAAACCAGCAAUGGAUGAAAAAGGGAAUUUGUUUUUUUCAAAAUUUGUAAUAUUGAUGGCAGCGAAUCAGAUUGAUAUUGAUAUGAAACGGAAAUUGAUAAAAAAAAAUGGGGAGUGGGGGGCAUUAUCGUUCCUGAUAUCCUAUAUGUGAUGACGUCAUCCAAAUAUUAACGUUAUUGUUAUCCCACAUAACUCAUAUAUUACGUCACCCAAACCAUUUGUCCAGUGUGACGUCAUUACAACAUUACUAUAAUUAUUACCUCAAACACUGCUGUCACUAUCAUGGUAUUCCCCAAAACUACCACAUUUACGUCGUCCUCUAACACUUUACGACAUCCAUAACUUACCUUUCACUAUAACUCGCUAUUAAAAUGUCAAUAUUGGAUCGUAUAAAUGGAUGGGUAUUAGGGUCAAAAAGGGGUUUUGUAUCAUACAUUUAAUGUAUUUUGAUAAUAUUUUUCGGGUCUCUGUACUGGUGCUCUUGGAAACGAAGCACGAAACUAACUUAAAUACAUGUUAAUAUAGUCAGUUGAUGCUUGUAGAGUGUUUGUACAUAUUCCACAAAUAUUUUCUUAUGUUUUUGUGUACAUGUACAGUAUAUAUAUCAUUGUCAUUGGCGAUCAACGCAUUUCACCGAUAAAUAUCAUGUAAUUCCCGAUUAGUCUUUCAUUGUGUCAAUGUAAGUAUUUGACGAAGUGAUCGAUGUAGAAGCUACAUAAAUAUCUAUCUAUAUUUCUAUCUGUUGUAUAUGGACGUAUGAAAUCCGUUGUCAUGACGACGUGGAACAGAUCCACAUAUAUCCCAUAAUAAUAAAACAUGACUGAAAAACGA